AUGGCAGUUGAAAUCCCCAAAACUCAAAAGGCUGUUGUAUACGAAACCAACGGGGGUCCAUUGAUCUACAAAGAUAUACCAGUGCCCCAAAUCAAACCAACUGAGAUUCUCGUCAACAUCAAAUACUCAGGUGUAUGUCAUUCCGAUCUUAGCGCAUACAAGGGCGCGUGGCCCGUCCCGUACAAACUCCCUCUUGUUGGCGGUCAUGAAGGUGCAGGAGUCGUGGUUGCAGUAGGGGACAAUGUCGAAGGAUGGAAAGUCGGCGACUUGGCCGGUGUCAAAUUGAUCAAUUCAACAUGUUUGAACUGUGACCAUUGUCAACAGGGCAAUGAAACUAUAUGUGCAAAGACGUCAUUGAAUGGUAUCACUGCUGAUGGAACAUUCCAGCAAUACUGCGCUACUGAUGCCAUCCAAGCGGCAAAAUUACCUCUGGAUAUCGACUUGAAAUCAGUGGGGCCCAUCUUGUGUGCUGGAAUCACCGUUUACAAAGGGUUGAAAUCGUCAGAAGCAAAACCGGGUCAGUGGGUUGCCAUUUCCGGUGCUGCUGGUGGUUUGGGAUCUUUGGCAAUCCAGUACGCUAGAGCUUUGGGGUUGAGAGUAGUGGGGAUUGAUGGAGGUGGGGAGAAGGGCAAGUUUGUGAAAAGUUUGGGUGCUGAAGCAUACGUUGAUUUCACCAAGUCAAAAGACAUUGCCAAGGAUAUUGUCGCCAUCACUGGUGGCGGGGCCCAUGCUGCUUUGAACGUGUCUUCUUCUGAACAAGCUAUCCAGAAAAGUGUCGAGUAUGUGAGACCUAAUGGGACUGUUAUCUUGAUUGGGUUGCCGGCAAAUGCUAAAGUUUCACUCGAUAUUUUAACCACUGUUGUGAAGCAAGUUACUGUGAGAGGCUCGUAUGUGGGUACGAAAUGGGACACUACCGAAGCUGUGGAUUUUUUCCAUCGAGGCUUGGUCAAGUGUCCAAUCAAAGUUGUCAGUUUAAAAGAGUUGGAGCGGGUAUUUAAAGAAAUGGAGGAUGGUAAGAUUCUAGGCAGAUAUGUCCUUGAACUCGAAAAUUGA